CACACACACACACACACACACACACUAGACUACAGAAAGUUAUUGAUCAUGUAUCCGAGCCCCAGGCCUGAUCAGUUAACACCCACCAGCCGUGUGUAUGUGCAUCCAAAGCCACUUGAAGGGCGCGCUCACACACUCCUCCAUCGUGUUAAAGUUGGUCAAUGAGGCUUUGUCUGUAACUACAGGCUUCACGUUGGUCUGUAGAGAAAGAUAAGUCAGGGAUAAUGGAGACAUAUGAUGAUGGAGAGUCACUGAGGAGAGAAAAGACAGAUGGAUGGAGUGGGAGAAGAAAAAGAAAGCAGUACUGACCGGAGGUAAAAAUCGAUUUAAGCAGCCUGUCAGGAUAAGGCACUGGAUUUGGCUGUCAAGCAUCGAUAUUGGAUGACCUGUCCAUCCGUGCACUGUAUUACAGAUUUUGAUGGGGUGGAAAAAAAGAGGUCUUGGUGGAUUCUUUGAUGGAGCUGAAAUCGAAAUAUAUUAGGCAUUCUUAUCACGCAAUAUGAUCGCUUGUGUUAGCUUAAGCUGAAGUCACUGAGGUGGUGAAAUGACAUAUUGAUGAGGUGAAGUGGUUCGAAUUGACAGAUGUAGCAUUAAGAGUGGACCCACUUAAGGAUCACCCAUCUGUUUCUUUACAGAACACCACUGAUGAAGCUGACGUUCGACACUGGAUGCAUAGUAGAAGUUAGCAAUAUGCUAUAUGAAAUCAUGAAGUUGGUUUCACCAGCCUGCAAGUUGACCUCCUCAAUUUAGUGCUCUCACCAAAAUUUAAAUAGAAUUACUAUUAGAUUUAUUGCACAGCCCUACCAUGGGGACUUUAUUGUGGUCCUGUAGUGCACUAUUUUGUUGGGAAAGUGCUACUGCCAUUGGAGGGCAUGCUUGGUCUGCAGCAGCGUUUAGGUGGGUGGUGCCAAGACCCAAGGUUUUCUAACAGAAGGUGGUAUUGUACUGAGAUGAGCAGUGUUAUCCUUUUUAUCAGUCGCUGCUGUAAUCUUGUGGCUGAUCAGAGUAUACAGAUACUUCUACUCAUGAUUGUCGGGGAGGUGAAUCUUUGUGAGGUGAAGAUAUAGGAGUGCUGGAUAGAAAAGUUGAUGCACGCCCUCCCCAAAGAGGCCAAAAUCAAUCAUCGUGUGCUGGGUUCACAACUUUUUGUUAUUUGACUGCUGAAUUACAGACAAGUCUUUAUAUUUUUGUAGACACAUGCCUUCACGCUAAUGCAAACACUUCAGGGUGCAUGCCUAAAGCAUGUGGUAUGCUAAAAGGAAAUUACGUCAUAGAAAGUGGCUGGAUUUCAAUGUCUUCCACUUGGCCUAGAGCAGUGGUUCUCAAAUGUUUUCUGGUAUGUUUCACUUAAGCUGAAAGAAGUUCACCAUCAACACCCAACAUUUCAUCACUGCAGCUGUGUUUGCAGACAAGUCAACGUCUUCCAUGCAAACUAUAGAUGACUCUGCUAGUCACGAAAUAAAUCCCAAGGACAUUUUUUGGUGCAGGACCUUCUUUACGACCGAUUUCACCCAAGCAAAAACCAGUAACCUCCAGCAGUCAGUUGGCCCAGCAAAACACAUUUUUCCCCUUACGACCGGAGGUUGCCAGGGGGUCGCUGACUGGUCUCUAUGCUUGUGUCACUGCGGCCUUAAUCUUCACCCCAUUGGCAGUGACUCUGUUUCCUUAAUGGGGCCAGCCCCAAAGUUUGAGAUCCACUUGCUUACACUCCAUAAAGAUUGUUUAUUAAUUGUAUGAUAUUGAUCUGUUGUCUAUCUGUCUUAUUAUCCAUAUUAUUUUUAAUAGUAUUGAAGGAGUGUGUGGGAAAAAUGGCUUCCUCUGUGCAGCAGAGCCAGAAUCCUGACAUUGUGAGUUCAGACUGACCCAAUUUGAUGUCAGUGCAGUGACUCAUACUAAAAUAUAAAACAGCUUUAAGGAAAAUGAAUGACUUGCCCACUAAUCACACUUGAUUUGUUUGGGUCCCAUUUCAGAUACCAGUAAGGGUUCACAGUUACUGUGCGCCGGCCUGUACUUAAGAUCCCUGCAACACUGGAAGAGUGCUUAUUUGAACAAAGACUUAGAUAAUUGACUAUUUGUAACCUGACCGAUUGUUAGUUGUGGUUAUGUCUGUGUGACAGAAGGAGUCUAAAUUACAUUCAGUCAGUGUCGGUUAAAAUAACAGACUAUUAUGGAACCACUAAGGCAUGACGGUUAUAAAACCACACAGUCUUAAAUUCAACAUCUUUGCAGACACACACACACACACACAUGAUCAUGUUUCUGGUGGAACAACUUGAUUGUAACACGUGCCAGAGGGCUUACUUAUUGUGAUGAGGAAGUGUGUGUGUUACCCACCUGGCUGGUGAGCUCAUCUUGUUUCAUAACUACACAGCAGUUAUAAUAAGCUUAUGCUAGUUAGGUCUGCCCCGUAAACAGAUAUACACACUGAGACAGAUGAAGAAGCGUACAGUGCGAUACAGUAGAGCACUAGAGUUAGAAUAUUAUAGAUAUAUUAUGUAGCACACCUUUCUCACUCUUUUGUCUUCUGUGGCUUUGUCUUCAUCGCCACAUAUUUUUAGAUCCUUUUCUUUUCUCACCCUCCUCUUCUCUCCAGCUCUGCAGCUUUCUCCUGAAGGAAUGAAAGAGAAAUGAGAGGAGGACGGCAAGUUAAUGAUGAUCAAAACAAUAGAAUAAAAAAUGUUGGGAAGAGGUCAAAAUUAAACAGCGAGAGAGAUCUUAACCUUACCGCCGUUGUUCAUAGUAAGCCUGCAUUGCAUCACCUUUAACAGGUGUAGUCGCGUCCGUUUUUUUUUUCUUCUGUCACCAAAUAAUUGCUGGAGCAGAAUUUAAUAUGACAGUGUAGAUAAACAAAAUGAUUGCCUGUGGCAUUUUGGUUUUUUUUCUAAAUGUCACAAUUUUUGCUGUGCACCUUUUUUAACAAGGCAAGCAGCUUAUCUUGCAACAACAACGUGUUGAAUUUGCACGCCUUUAUAAUAUGAAAUUCAAAUAUUGGCCUUUUUCAGGUUAAGCCAUAUUAGUGGUAACAGUUUUUGGAAGAAGUGUUAGAAAUUUCAAGGCUACUUGAAACCUUUUGUUGUCCUUGUUUUGUCCCUGGUCUGUAAUCAAUCCUUAUCUAAAUGUGAGGUUUUUUUAUUAGCACAAAAUGUGACUUAGCAUCAUAAGACAGUGGGUAAAACGGUAACAAUUGUAUGUGUUGCAUGCUGCUUGUGUUGAAUGAGAUUAGUGGAUUAGAUGCGGUUGUUUAUGGUGCUUUGCUGAUCUUUGCUUCAGCUGCAUAGCAUAUUUACACAUUUGUUUGCGGUCUUGUCUAAUGAAAGAACAGUAAGACAAGUUUACCCGUGGGAGCAUUUAAGGAAGAGUCACAGUGUUGUUAGGCCUGUCACCGUUUCACUGUAAUUGUUUUCAGCUCAAAGUGGAUUUAUUAUUUGUGGAUAUUUUAUGUGAUGGAUGCUGCCAAAGCAUGAGCACACAAAAACAGGGAUGUGAAUGUACAUCAUGUUAUGUAUAUUAUAUUCAAGGAAAGCCUGAACGUGUUAGCUGUCGACUACAGUGUGAUUUUUGUCCCGUCUUCCUCUGUUCAUCCCCAACUGAUUGUGUCUGAUGGCUGUGCCUCCCUGAGCCUGGCUCUGCUGGAGGUUUCUUCCUGUUAAAAGGGAGUUUUUCCUUUCCCCAGUCACCAAGUGUUGCUCAAAAUACUUGCUCGUUUGAUCGUUGGGGAUUCUCUUUAAUAUUGUAGCAUCUUUAUCUUAAAAUAUAAAGCGUCUUGAGGCGACUGAGUUGCGAGUUGGUGCUGCAUAAAUAAUAUUAAAUAAAAUUGAACUGAAUUGUCUGUUGUCGUGAUGGAAGUGGUCUCCUGUAGGAUGACGGUGCCUCCAUCUAUAGAGCUCAAGGGGGUCAAUGAAUGGUUUGAGCUAGGGCAUAGAAACUGUUUUAGCAGUGUGUGAGCUGGAAAGGUUUUGAAAACAAGGCAAAGGCUUUGCCCACAGCUAAAAUGACUGGAUGGUGUUGGUCUUUCAGAUGAAUAAAGAAAUACGGAAAUAAAAGUCCAUGUGAAGGAACCUAAUGUAAGAUACAGCAUGAAAGGUGAUGUGUUGAUCGUUCCAAGCUGGGAGCCAUAAAUGCCCAGAGUGCCGUAUCUAAAACAGACACGUGUAACACCAGAGCACAAACGGAGCGUUUUGAUCCCUCUCAGUCUCAUCUAUCGCUGAUCUCUGGCUCUGGGUGUUGGAGGGUAAACAGCUUAGAGGAUGAUCUGGCAUCAUGGAAGCCUGGGAAUGUGUGAAAAGAGAGAGAAGAGAGAGACUAGCCUCAGGCUACAACUACAGCCUAAAACAAAGACUUAAAAGUCUGGCUCCAGUUGCAAGUCACACCUUGACUUAUAUUAGAAGGCAUCUCAAAUCCUUGUGAUCAGAUUCAGCUUCCUGACAGAUAUUUGAUUUUAUCCACUUGGAAACAGCGCUAAACCUCUGAUACAGUUGAGCAUACUGGUUGUUGUCUUGUAGCCUCUAAAUUUCUGAGUGUAGGCUAGAAGACAUUAACCUUACCCAGGUAGGUAAGAAGAAGCAAAUCAUCUGUGACUGACAAGACCGUCAUAGUCCACAGUGUACAUUCAUACUACACAGUCCAACAGUCCUGUUUGACUCAAUGACCCCACCCCUCGCCGCCCAACAUAUUAAAUUUAUUAUUUAUUUAUUGUCUAAUCCCCAAACUUUUGUCAGUCCUCUUACAGUAGCUGUGCCUCUCUAUCUAUGCACUGCUGCCUUUGUUUCCCACAGACCCAACAGUCAUCUUCAUUUAGUGUAUGACAUUCAGCCUAACUCUUUAAGUCACCCAGCCCUUGCUCUUCUGUAUCCCCAGUUUUAGUAGCUAUGCAAAAUGAAAACAGCCCUGCUGCAAAGCACUGCGUUGUAAGGCGUGUGUUGGUUAAAAAAAAAAAAGUGAUUAACAAAUAAUAUCCCCGGCAUUUGGUUUGAGAUAAUGAUUCACAAGUUUGAGAGCUUAUCAGCAGCCAAAAGUCUGCACAGCAUUAUAGAAUUAUGAUCGGGGAUUUACUGAUUUGGAAAGUUAUUUCAGCAUCAGUAAUGUGAUCCUUCAUAGAAACCAUUGUGUGGUAAACAGCUGAAAUGUGGUGUUCAAUAUAUAGUCUAACUGCCACAGAUAUCGGCUGGCUCGCUGAUGUUGCAAACAUCUUUUUUUUUUUUUACCAGAGUACACUGAACAAGCAAACCCUUUCGUCAUUGCAGCCGUAACCUGGUCCAACCUCUAACAUCUGCCCUUCAUUACAGAGGAGCUCCACCAGUUUCACGCAUUGGAGUCUGUUUAGCUUUGGGGACGUCAUAUGUGGAAAAAUAUUGUAUAAAGCCACGAGUGACUCGGGAUGGAGAAGAAAUAGGAUUAACUUUGAUAACGUUGCUUAAGUCAUCAAAAAAACUUUGGGUUAGAAAGAAAUUGAUACCAGACCUCUGUGGAAAACUCUUCAUCUUUGAUAUAGACCAGAAGUUCUAGCAGCACCUGACUCACUAAGAAAACUUACCAGGGAGCACGUGACCCCGGAGAUGAACAAGCUUCGUCAGAGCCUGAGGAGGAAGAAGCCCACCUAUGUGCCAGAGGCCAGCAGACCACAUCAAUGGCAGGCUGACGAGGAGGCUGUACGCAAGGGCAAAUGCAACUUUGCUGUUCGGUACCUGGGGUUGGUGGAGGUGGACGAGUCGAGAGGGAUGCACGUAUGCGAGGAGGCAGUGAAGAAGCUAAAAGUUAGCGGGAAAAAGACAGUAAAAGCAGUAUUGUGGGUUUCGGCUGAUGGACUCAGGGUGGUAGAUGACAAAACUAAGGACCUCAUCGUGGACCAGACCAUAGAGAAGGUUUCAUUCUGCGCUCCGGACCGUAACUAUGACAAGGCCUUCUCCUACAUCUGCAGAGAUGGGACUACAAGACGAUGGAUGUGCCACUGCUUCAUGGCUCUGAAAGACUCGGGGGAGAGACUGAGCCAUGCAGUGGGUUGUGCCUUUGCUGCUUGCCUGGAGAGGAAGCAGCGCAGAGAGAAGGAGUGUGGUGUGACGGCUUCGUUUGAUGCUAGUCGCACCUCGUUUGUGCGAGAGGGCUCCUUCCGCGCCAAUUCCUCCUGCAGCCAGCAGGGCAGCAGUAGUGAGCGAGAGGACAAGCUGCAAGAGAAAAGGAAAGACCAGCCCUCUAUCAUGCCGGCCCUUCCACCUGGCACCGCCUCCCCACCCGAGGGUGCGGCCUCCCCUAUGGAGCGACCAGAACCAGGCGGGCCUCAUGCCAUCCCCCGCCGCCACGCGCCCAUUGAACAGCUGGUGCGUCAAGGCUCAUUCCGAGGAUUUCCGGCCCUCAGUCAGAAGAAUUCUCCCUUCAAGAGGCAGCUGUCACUCCGUCUCAAUGAUCUGCCAUCCACACUACAACGCAAGACAGAUUUCGAGACCAAGAACCCUGAGAUGGAUAUGGGAUUGCCUGGUGAGGGAGACAGCAGUAUAAAUGCUCUGUGUAGCCAGAUCAACACCUCGUUCACCAAACCAUCAGACGAGCUCUUCUCCAACCCUUCCUUGUCUGCAAAUGGCCCGCCAACCGGCACCGUGCCCCCUGUUCUGCCUCCCCCACCUGCGCCAAUGCAAGCCACCUCCUCAUGGGUACAGGCGGAAGCUCCUCUCCACUCUCCUCCUCCGGUUUCUGUGGCGAUGCAAAUGCAAAGUGGCCACAAACGCACGCCAUCUGAGGCUGAGAGAUGGUUGGAGGAGGUCUCCAAGGCUGUGAAGGCCCAACAGACACCUCCUCCUGGCCCCGCCAUCCCCACCAUCCCCGGACCUCCCUCCAUCUCCAGUCAUCAGAUGUCCAGUCAGGCAGCCAUGUCAGCUGCCCCAGUGUCCACUGUGCCCAUGUCCAAACCUCUUAUUUCCGGCCCCUCUGCUCUUUCAGGUCAGGCUCCGAUGCCCCUCCCACCAAUGUCGAUAUCAUCAGUUCCUCUAAUACCUGGACCUCCAGUUUCAGGUCCCCCUAUGUCUCUUCCGUCCAUGUCCAUACCCACCAUGUCAGGGCCAAGCAUGUCUGGAGCCCCCAUGAUCCAGCCCUCCCUCCCUGGACCUCCAGGCUCACUUCCAAGCUCCAUGCAACCGUUCCCUUUGGCUUUUGAUAACACUCCAGCCCCUGUGGGAAUGUUUGCCAGUCAGCCUGUCCAACCUGCUUUUGUGCCCAUGCAGACCUACAUGCCAGGUCUAGCAAGCAGUAUGACCUAUCCCAAUGCCAGUGUGCCUGUGGUAGGCAUCACACCAUCGCAAAUGGUGGCCAACGUCUUCUGCACUGCCACAGGCUCGUCGGGCACAGGCAGCACUAUGGGCUCGGCCGGAGGAGGAGGACCCAAGGUGGGGACGCUUGGAGCAGUCGGGCAAGCCCAUUCCUAUCCAGUCCCACCUAGUGCCGUUGGCCACUCUGCAGGUUUUUCAACACCUCCAUUUUCAUCCACUCCACCUUUAUCAACAGCCAUUAAUGGCCUUGCACCGCACAGCAGCACCACAGUGGCCCUCCAAAAUGGGACCUCCAGCACUAGUGGAAAUUGUGGCACUAGUAGCAGCUGGCCGCCAGAGGGCAGCCAGCUAACAGCUCCGGUGGUUGAUUCCCAAGAGGAUGACCGUUUUGAGGCCAAGUGGGCAGCCUUGGAGACAAAACCAGCAGCUCAGCAGCCUGGGAACAAGGCAUCAGCUGCGACAGCCAACCCAUUUUCCAACAAUCUGCAAAAGACUUUUGAGAUUGAGCUCUAAGACACACUUGGCCUCCCAAAGCUGUAGCACUCAUCCUGGAGUUAAAGCCUCGGGACGCCAGGCACUAAUUCCAGCAUCUUUGCUUAGAAUGGGAUGGAGGUCCUUACAUUUAGCCUAGGAUCCAACCUGUGGCAGCCUAGCAACUUGCUGAAUGCCCUCAUAGGAGCCUACAAUGAUCUUGCUUUCUUCAUGCUCCAAUGAAACAUAGAGUAACUUAGCAGCUUGCUGGACUGUAAUCUGAGGAUCAGGUCUCUAGCUCUCUAGACUUGAUGGACUAAAUCCUUUCACUCCACCUGCUACCUGCCUCUCCUCCAUGCUUUCUCUUCUCACUUCUGGCUUUAAUUUACCUGCUGGAAGUCCCCAGAUGUACUGCACGUGCCCCCUCCAAGUACAGUGUUGAGGGGAUGAAAUGCAGUUUAGUACUUUUUUUCUUUGAAAAGGGGACUCCACUCAGAUGCAUUCCAAUCCCAUGUUUCUUGGCAAUUUUACUUGAUUUUGGUGGAGACUUUAGCAAAUGUGGUUAUGUGACAAGAUACGUGGAGAAGCAGAGCAGUGACCUGUUGACCGAUGAACAGACUGACGCUGAUCUUAGCAAAGCACAGCAGAAGUUCAGACACCUGAAAGGACUAGUCAAUGACGUGAGACUCAACCCUACGAAUCCAAAAGGAGUUACUGACCAAUAGUAGAGAUUUAUGGCCAAAAGUAUUUUAUUUAUUGUAUUUUAUUUUUUAUUUUAACAGGUUAUAUGUACUUAAAGAUCUAAAUCUCAAAGCAGUGUUUCAGGAGCAUGAUGUUUUUUUAUUUCUAUCCCCUAUAUUUAUUUUUGUUGAAUCAUAAAGAGUAGGGAAACUACAGGUAGCAGGUUGUAAACAGUUGAAGGUAAGCACUGUGGGAAACUGAAUCAUGUAACAGGAACCAAAUAACCAGGGCAUACAGUAAUGUGACAUGUGAGACAAGUGUGUAUAUAGCGGCAUGUUUCUUCCACCCAUUAGCCGUCAAAUAAAUAUGCUCCACUGCUGCUGCCGAGGCCAGCUGAGUCCGUACGGCUUCACUUUGGCAUUGUCGCCCAUUUCUGUUGCUAAUGCCUAAUUUAAAGGGCACUGGGACUUGAAAAAUGUCUUCAGGAUAUCCAGCACACAGACACUCUGGACAAUACAGCACAACAGUCCUUUGGACUCCAUCUUCACCGGACAAACCCAAGGAACUUUAAUAACUCAGUGGAUUUAAAAAAGUAAAACUCUGCAACACUGUGCAACUGGUUGGGGGAAAAAGAUGCACUACAUUCUAACAUUCAGAAGUCCUUUUAUGUGUUCAAACACAGGGUAAAGUCUCAUCAUGUACAGUAUGAUUGUGUAUUCACCUCUACUGCACUGCUGUGACGCAGCAGGGCUACACUCACGACUGUAGGAGAAGAGAAACACGAGCAGAUAUCGAUUCAGACGUGUGGGCUGAAAAAAAAGAAAAACAAAACUGGAAGGGUUUCUGAUGUCGAAAUAUUAGGGACAACAAAGAUUCAGUUGAUUACCAGAGGGGAAAAAAACCGCGGAGAGGAAAGAUGAAGGAUAAGCUGUAUGUGAGAGGAUGUUGCAACUGUAUACCUUUUAAAGAAUGGGAUGGAGGAAGUCUGAAGGAAGGAAAAUCAGAUGUGCGUAAAAAAAACUAAACAAAACAACCCAAGAUAAAAGCAAGAGGCAGUUUGCGU